AGCGCGUUUUUUAAAUACUGGAAAUAUGAUAAGAGUCAAAACUACUAAUAUAAUUAUUUGAAAAUACAAGGGGUGUGACCUAAACAGGGUCGUAGUAAAAGUGGAUUUUGUAAAUUAUAAGGGAUAUUUCGAUCAAUAACACGGGCACACUGUGAUCCGCCAAAAACUGUAAAUUACAGUUAGGCCUCUUUUUCGUGUAUAAGAAAGUUAAAUUUGCGUCAGUGUUUGUUCCGAUUUAAAAUUGUUCUUAAAUAUCAAAGGCGGCCCCACGAUGGAACGAUACAAUCGCGCCUGGAGAGAUCCCGGAUCUCCGCUGACGCCAUUGACUCCGCUGUCCACACAGGUCUUUAAGUUUGAGACCACUGAUCACUCCAGCGAUGAAACCACGGGCCUGAAGCCGAGUCACCUCAGUGUCCCACGAAGACACACAUCUCGUCAUUCGAGUGGUGGGCCAACACGUUUCUCGCAAUCAUUUUUGAACACGCGAUCUGUUUUCUCGCCCAAUACCCAGAGCACAACAAACGGUGGCUCUUUGGAGGAUGGAGUAAAAAGUGGUAGUCUCAGUACCAGCAAAGGGAGUAGUUCCUCGGCUUCGUGCAACCCAACUAUUAAGGUGAAGCGCGAACCCGGCUUGAGUGACACCACCUAUUCGCGGUUUAAGCACGGCUCCCCCGUUAAAUAUCCCACGCUGAGUCGGCGUGACAGUACCUAUUCGCGAUUUAAGCAUGGCUCCCCGGUGGAGCAUCCCACUCUGAGUCCGCGGGUGCGUUCGCUUCUGAACCGCACUGGCAACGAGCACCUUACGGAGAUGUUCACUCGCCAGGAAAUCGACAUAGAAGUUCUGAUUCAAAUGACACUGGAAGAUCUUGAGGCUCUCGGCGUCCGUGGCGCACGGGAACUGAAACUAGCUAUGGAGGUCAUCAAGUUCGCCAAGAAAUUCUUUCGUUAACGCAUAAAUGUUAUUCUACGUCAAUUUUACUUGCAUCAUAACUGUAAUUUUAAUAAAUGUUCAAUGUACAAUUAUA